AUCUAUAGCUAGCUCAGCUCACGGUCACCCACACAGCCAUAUGCGAAUACGACACACAACCAGCAGCACCAGCGAGCCCAAUGGAGCACGCGCAGGACGAGCUGAGCCUCGAACUCACCCUGGCCGCCGCGGUCAUGGCGCCGGUGCCCGGCUUCUUCCUAUGCGUCUACUGCCACCGCAAGUUCCGCACCUCGCAGGCGCUCGGCGGCCACCAGAACGCGCACAAGGAAGAGCGUGCCGCUAAGCGCCGCCGGGACACUGCAGCCCCCACUGCGCAUGCUUGGAAGCCAGGAAGGUCUGCGGCCGCUGUUUGGGUGUCCGAGGAGCCAGCAGCAGAAGGUGGCAUGGUGCAAAAGCGCAGUAGGAGCUCGUCGGAGCGCGACCACGAGCUCGACUUGUCCCUCCGGCUAUAAUCGGUGCUCCGAUCCAUAGAUCUCUGGAAGUAUCCUUGCUCCACACCUCUCUAUUUCUGGUGCUAGGCAGGUGAGUGUUUAGCUACUACCCCCUCCGAUUUAAAAUAUUUGUCGUAGUUUUGAACUAAGGUUAGUUCAACCUCAAUUCAAAAUUGUGACAAUUAUGGAUCUGAGGGAGUACUUGUCUCAAGCUCCUGUUGUGCAUACAGUGGAUUCA